AUGGGUGGCACAGACUGCGUGAACGAGCACAACAAGAAGAGGGUUGGGAACCUUCGGAAGCCACUGAUGCCGGUCCAUCGCGACCCCGAUGCAAUUAUGCAGGCGCUAAAGUAUAUGGAAGAGGUGGUGAACAAUGGAUGCCCGUUCAAGCACUCUGGUGCACCUGGGUUCGGAGAAAACCUUUUCGCUACAAGCGGCCCCGUAGCUCGCUGCAGAGACGCCGUGGGAGCAUGGUACAGUGAAAUACGAUACUUCAACGGGGAGUACCCCGGCGGCAAAUGGACAGUGAAGGCGGGCCACUUCACUCAGGUCAUGUGGAGUUCCAGCACGGGCAUCGGCUGUGCGCGCUCCAUUGGCUGUCCUAAUCGCAUUCUCGUCUGUAACUACCGACCUCCUGGGAAUUGGAUCGGGGCUAAACCUUUCUCAGAAGAAGUGUGGAAUAGCAUCAUGGAGGCAUCAGGAGACAGCCCUCAGAGGCCAGUCGGCCCAUGGACAGUCACGGCAAUCGCAGCGCUCGUCUCUCUCCUGUUGAGUCUAGAAGCAACCGCUGCUUAA